AUCCAAACCCCUUCAAACUUCCUCGGUAAUUUGUUCUCGUGAGCUGUUACACACCUGCUUGUUGUGGUACAAGUUAUAAGUUGCUACUUCACACCAUGUCGUCGAUCGCAAGAUUACUUCGGCCGGCCUUACGGCGGGGUCCUGGUGUAGUUCCUAGGGCCUCGUUGUCGCCACGAUGUUGUAGCAGGUCGGUGCAGAAGUUCAAUACGCGACAAACAAUAAGACCCUUAUCUGCCACAGCCAGCCGGAUGACAGACAUUACUGAUAUCCCCCCUACCCCCAUAACGCACCUGUCCGAGACCGAGGCAGCCAUGCAAGAGACAGUUUCCAAGUUCGCUAACGAGGUAAUCUUACCGAAAGUCCGCGAUAUGGACGAGGCCGAGAACAUGGAUCCAGAAUUGGUUGAGCAACUUUUCGAGCAAGGGCUGAUGGGGAUUGAGAUCCCCGAGGAGUUUGGAGGUGCCGGUAUGAACUUCACUGCCGCCAUCGUAGGUAUCGAGGAGUUAGCACGUGUCGACCCGAGCGUCAGCGUUCUGGUCGACGUCCACAAUACGCUGGUCAACACGGCCGUCCUGAAGUGGGGUAGUAACGAUAUUAAGAAGCGCUUCCUCCCGGCGCUGGCCACCAACACCGUUGGUAGCUUCUGUCUGAGCGAGCCCGUCUCGGGAUCUGACGCCUUCGCGCUCGCUACUAGGGCGACGGAAACCGCUGAUGGAUACCGGAUCUCCGGUAGCAAAAUGUGGAUCACGAAUUCUAUGGAGGCUAAUUUCUUCAUCGUAUUCGCAAACUUGGAUCCUAGCAAGGGGCACCGGGGUAUCACAGCUUUUAUUGUUGAGAAAGACACCAAGGGCUUCUCGAUUGCCAAGAAGGAGAAGAAGCUGGGCAUCAAAGCGAGCAGUACAUGUGCCAUCAGCUUCGACGACGUUGAGAUCCCUAAGGAAAAUUUGCUGGGCGAAAAGGGUGAGGGCUACAAGUACGCUAUCGGGCUGUUGAACGAGGGGCGCAUCGGUAUCGCGGCGCAGAUGACCGGACUAGCGCUGGGUGCAUGGGAGAACGCAGUCAAGUACGUAUGGAAUGACCGCAAGCAGUUUGGCAAACUAGUCGGCGAGUUCCAGGGCAUGCAGCACCAAAUCGCCCAGUCGUACACCGAGAUCGCGGCCGCGCGCGCUCUCGUAUACAAUGCUGCCCGGAAGAAGGAAGCUGGCGAGGACUUCGUGCGCGAUGCGGCCAUGGCGAAAUUGUACGCCUCGCAAGUCGCGGGACGUGUUAGCGGCCUAGCCAUUGAAUGGAUGGGUGGCAUGGGCUUCGUCCGGGAGGGUCUUGCAGAGAAAUACUGGAGGGAUAGCAAGAUUGGCGCUAUAUACGAGGGAACCAGUAAUAUUCAACUCAACACAAUCGCCAAGCUACUCCAGAAGGAAUAUACCAGGUAAAUCGAGAAGAUACGACGGACGAUAUACCGUGCCCUUAGCCUUGUGUCGAAAAUUAGAAUGUGCAUUCUCAGAGGUGUUUAAGGACUGGGCGUUGCUUAUACCCUCGCGUGUCCGGGGUGUGU